AAAUCUCAGCACCAACUCGUUUUCUGACACGCUUUCUACAUCCCUGGGAGCUCUGGACCAGCUGACGUGCCUUGACUUGAGCGGCAACCAGCUGUCUGGGUCAAUCCCUUCUGCCUUUGGCGGUCUCACCCUGCUCGUGCACAUGGACAUGAGUCGCAACAACCUCUCAGACUCCAUCCCCACCAGCAUCGGCCGCCUCUCAGGCCUCACCUCCCUGAACCUAAGCCGCUCAAGCGUCACAGGUCCCAUCCCCGACUCCUUCACCUCACUCUCCAACCUGGUUUUCCUGGAUCUGAGCUACACAGGGGUGGCUGGGUCAGUGCCAUGGGGCAUCAACAGCCUGGGGCAGCUGCAGGCCUUGUACGGCACCCCCGGCAUCUUCUGCAACGACAAUGCCACCUGCCCUGCUGCCCCUACGCCGCCCGCCAGCCCGAUGCCCCCUCCUGCGCCACCAGCCAAUCCCACGUCGCCAGCUGUCACCGACUCCAGCUCCCCUGCGUCUGCCAACUCGUCUGCGCCCAACGCCACCUGCCACGUGUGCCAGAGCUACUGCCUCGAUUGCUCCUCCUCUGCACCCA